AUCAUUUUCUGCCACCUGUCAUCUGGUGUCGGUCCCAUCUCCAUCUCACCAGCCCCGCCCUCGCCCGCGAUUGGUCUUCCUUCAAACCUUCCAAUUUCCAAUUCCCAAUUUCCAUUUUCCAUUUUCCAUAGCCGAGCUUCUGCCUUCUGCUUCUUACGCUCUCAUCUUCCCUCCAUCUCCAUCUCCUAUUUCUCUCCAUUCACAUUCCUUACGCUUAUAUUUUACACACUUUCAAUCACAAAAAGACAGUCUCCCGACACACAGAGAUUUGGAGGGAGCAAGCGAGGGAGGGAGGGACUCUCCAAUMUCUACCUUUAACUUUCUCCUUCUCCAUAACUCAGUGUCCAAAGGCAGCUUCCUCUGUCUCGGAUGUUCUUUUUUCCUACGUGAUUUUCUAUGGGUGCCUGCGUGUCCACGCCGGAGGGCUGCGUCGGAGGAAAAUUCAAGAAAUCUUCCAGGAAGAAGAACCGGAGGAAGAGGCGGAGAGGUCUCAAAACCAGGGCGUUUUCUGGAAUCUCYGAUGGAUCGCACCGGUCCGACCCAAUUGACCACCGCUCCUUUUCCAAUCCCACUUUCCAAGCAGGAAGUUCCGACGAGGCAUGGUUCGAUACGGUUGCAAAAUUUGAAUCAGAUUGUGAUGAAGACUACCAAAGUAUUCCUGAUGACAUACAAUCAAUUCAGAGCAUUGAAGGUGCAUCAACAUCGAGCGUUUCAUCUUCUGGAGAUGCUAAUCAUGGAGAUCAUAAUGCAAGUCGACAUAGUGCAACCCCGGAUCAGAUUCAUAGACCAGGGAAUUCAGCAAGAGUACAUUCUGUGAGCAGCUCCAGCAUUCAGGUAUCAAGGGAUUCACAUUCUCAGACCAUGAAUUCAGAUGAUGCAGAACCCCAAUUCAAGGGUCAUGGACACUUGAGUGAGGCCAACGAACCGGUAUUCAUCGACGAGAUCUCCUCUACUGCUGGUGAAAGUUCUGGCAAAGGGGAUGGAAUAUUGGAUAAUUGUGGGAUUUUACCAAGUAAUUGUUUGCCUUGUCUUGCAUCAACUAUAAACUCUGUUGAAAAGAGAAAAUCACUAAGUUCUAGUCCUCCGAGUGGGCUGAAAAAGGCGGCCUUGAAACUUUCGUUCAAAUGGAAAGAAGGAAAUUCYAAUGCUGCUUUAUUUUCGUCGAAAGCGCUUCUACAAAGACCUAUGGCAGGUUCUCAAGUACCUUUUUGCCCAGCUGGAAAGAAAAUGCUUGAUUGCUGGUCACAUAUUGAGCCUGCUAGUUUCAAAGUUCGGGGAGUAAACUAUGCAAAGGACAAGAAAAAGGAAUUUGCUUCCAGUCAUGCUGCUUACCAACCCUUUGGAGUUGAUGUGUUCUUGUCACAUCGRAAAGUGGAUCACAUCGCUCGAUUUGUCGAACUGCCUGCGGCUAAUUAUUCUGGAAAACUUCCACCUAUUCUUGUUGUUAACGUUCAGAUCCCCUUGUAUCCUGCGGCAAUUUUUCAAGGCGAAACCGAUGGAGAAGGGAUAAGUAUAGUUUUGUACUUCAAGCUUUCUGAUGCAUACGCUAAGGAACUUACAUCUCAUUUUCAAGAAAAUAUCAGGAAGCUGAUUGAUGAUGAAGUUGAAAGGGUGAAAGGUUUCCCAGUAGACACAAUAGUACCAUUCAGGGAGAGGUUGAAAAUUUUGGGGCGAGUUGCAAACGUGGAGGAUCUUCCGAUGAGCGCUGCAGAGCGUAAGCUUAUGCAGGCUUACAACGAAAAGCCUGUCCUCUCACGUCCUCAACACGAAUUUUACUUGGGAGAAAACUACUUGGAAAUUGACUUGGAUAUGCACAGAUUUAGUUACAUAUCAAGGAAAGGCUUUGAAGCAUUCCUUGACAGACUCAAGUGCUGCAUUUUGGAUGUUGGCCUCACAAUUCAGGGGAACAAACCUGAAGAAUUGCCAGAGGAGCUCUUAUGUUGCAUUAGGUUAAAUGGAAUUGAUUACGUAAAUUACCAGCAGUUGGGUAUGGGUCAAGAGACCCUGUAAAGUGCAACGGCSUUGUAUUCACAGAAAGUUCACUAGAAAAGCAAAUUUUAAUGAGAAAUUUUUUUUGCUCCA